UGAACAACCAUAAGGAAUUUUGUUGACCGUGCAAAGAAGAAAAAGUAGCAUUACGCAUUUAAAAAGUAGAAGCAGUUGCUAACUCUUUUAAAAUAAGAAACAAAAUACUGAAAAGAAAAAGAAUCAAAAGAGUGAUGGCUCGUCAAGCCGUCGCCAAACUAAUCGGCUCCAUCGCAUCACGCAAGCCGUCUCUUUCCUCAUCGGCGAUUCAGACUCGGCAGUAUGCGGCGGCUGCAUCGCCUCCAGCGGCGGUAUUUGUUGAUAAGAACACAAGAGUGAUAUGCCAAGGCAUUACUGGCAAAAAUGGUACCUUUCACACUGAACAGGCCAUUGAAUAUGGCACUAAGAUGGUGGGCGGAGUAACACCAAAGAAGGGAGGAACAGAACACUUGGGGCUUCCUGUUUUCAACACAGUUGCUGAAGCUAAAGCUGAAACUAAAGCUAAUGCUUCUGUCAUUUAUGUGCCUCCGCCUUUUGCUGCUGCGGCUAUCAUGGAGGCUAUGGAAGCUGAAUUGGAUCUUGUUGUUUGCAUUACUGAGGGAAUUCCUCAACAUGAUAUGGUACGUGUGAAGGCUGCUCUUAACAGACAAUCUAAAACUCGGUUGAUUGGGCCGAACUGCCCUGGAAUUAUCAAGCCAGGAGAAUGUAAGAUUGGCAUAAUGCCUGGUUACAUCCAUAAACCUGGUCGCAUUGGAAUAGUUUCUCGAUCUGGUACUUUGACCUAUGAAGCUGUAUUCCAAACAACUGCUGUUGGCCUUGGACAAUCUACUUGUGUUGGUAUAGGUGGAGAUCCUUUCAAUGGAACGAACUUUGUUGAUUGCAUUGAAAAGUUUCUGGCAGAUCCUCAAACAGAAGGUAUAAUUCUUAUAGGAGAGAUAGGAGGGACGGCAGAAGAAGAUGCUGCUGCAUUAAUAAAGGAAAGUGGCACUGACAAGCCUAUUGUUGCUUUUAUUGCUGGGCUAACUGCCCCUCCUGGCCGUCGUAUGGGGCAUGCUGGAGCUAUUGUUUCUGGUGGAAAGGGUACAGCUCAAGAUAAAAUCAAGACCCUAAAGGAAGCUGGAGUCACAGUCGUUGAAUCUCCUGCAAAAAUUGGAGUUGCCAUGCUUGAUGUUUUUAAGCAAAGGGGGCUGGCAAGUUAGGUUUGGCAAUUUAAAGUUGUGAAUUAUUAACAUAAUUACAAUGAUUACGCUCACUUUUUCCUCAAAUUGGUGAUUAAAUUUUACCAAAGUUUGGGAUUUUCCCCCAAUCUUUUCUUUUGAGCAAACAUGGCAUCGGUGAUAUAAUAAAUUAGUCCUUUUUUCCUCCA